UCCCCCACUCGCCGCCUCUCGGGCACGGCAAGGGGCUGCACGGUAUAUAAGCGGCGCUUCCUGCCGUCACGCGCGCAUUGCAAUUCAGCCGCCGCCGCCGCACGAGACGCUUUGUGCAGCAGCACCCCCACUCCACCGUGGCCUGCCCGCCUGUUCGUGUCACCUCUGUCGAAGGGGCCAGCAAAAAAGAUGAGCGGUGCCGGCAAACGUGCGCUGAUCGUGUUCGCUCACCAGGAGCCCCUGCGCUCCUUCAACGGGGCCCUCAAGGAGGCGGCCGUGCAGGCCUUGAGCAAGCAGGGUUGCCAGGUGGAGGUGUCCGACCUGUACGCCUCGACCUUCAACCCGGUGGCAACACGGGCCGACAUCGUAGGGGAUCUGAAGGGCACCGAGUGUUUUCGAUACGGAGAAGAGUCUGCAGCAGCCUGGGAGAAGGGCACACUCAGCCAAGACAUCGUGAACGAGCAGAAGAAGGUGCAGGAUGCCGACCUCGUCAUUUUCCAGUUUCCCUUGUACUGGUUCAGCAUGCCUGCCAUCAUGAAGGGCUGGAUGGAUCGGGUCCUCACCCGCGGCUUCGCUUAUGGGUUCCCACAGUUUUAUGAGGGCGGCCCUUUCACCAAAAAGAAGGCUCUGAUCUCCAUCACCACGGGUGGGAUGGAAUCAAUGUAUGGACCUACAGGUGUCAAUGGUGACAUCAAUGUCAUCCUGUGGCCCAUGCAACAAGGGAUGCUGCACUUCUGUGGCUUCCAAGUUUUGGCCCCACAGAUCUCAUGGAGCCCUUCGUUCAUGCCAGAGGAGGGUCGCAAGGGCCUGGUGGCCAUGUGGGAGCAGCGACUGGCAUCCGUGUGGCAGGAGAAGACGCUUAAAUUUGCACCUCUUGAGCUUUUUGACCCCAAAAAAGGUUUCGUGCUCAAUGAUGACACCGUGAAGAAUCUCUCCACCAAACCCCAGGGUCUCACCGUGGGCCAACAUGCCGGCAAGCCUCUCCCUCCCAACAACCAGACCAAGGCCAACGAUGCCUCUGCUGAAUAACCAACCGCUGCUUGAAAUAAGCAAUCUGGUUGCUGGCAUUUCACAUGCACAAAAUGUUCAUUACGUACGAUUGAUUUAUUGAAAGAUGUUUAACAUUUAGAAUAUAACUUGAGAAAAGGUGUAUUCUUUAAAAUUACAUGUUCCAAUGACAAGGCCUAAUUGAUUGCAUAGCACCUUCCACCACCAAAUGAUUCGGUAGAGAGGUGGAAGUCUUUUACUGACCAUGCAGAGGUGAUCAGGCAAUGGGACGUCGAUGAAGAUGUAAUGUUUGCGCUCACACAAUCAGUUAAUGUUUCUGUCUUUAAACCAGAAUGUCCAUUAUUACAGUAUAUUCAGCAUGUAAGCCAUUGGAAAUGUAUUCUGUGGCAUAUUUAAUAGAUGUUGAUUGAUCAUACUAAAACCUCAUGUUGAAACGACACAUUAAUAUCGUCCAUACGGGUCAUUUAUAUAAUAAAAACUGGCUAAAAUAGUUUAUAUGUAUCUUAUAAAAUUGUGACUGAUAUAUGAAAGGGUUUGUGAACUGUAUGUGUUCACUAGUCUUGACUACAUCAGUGCUCAUUCGAAAUAAAUCUUGCAACAUGAAUGCCUGAAACAUGUAACUAUAAGUUGCCCAAAAUAAUUCAUUGACCAACACAAUUGAGAGCAACAGAAGCCACUGCACAAGUUGGUACUAAGGGAAGCGGUGCAAGAGCUGAAGUGAUGGUGAGGCAAAGUUAAAGGAUUUAGAGCCAUCGAUGGACGAGAACGAGGGAGAGCAAUAAAAUGUCGGAAGGCCUUUGGCGAAUUUUUGGGGCGUUAGGAGCCGACAACGCAAAUGUCAGUUUUAACCUUUAUGGUUUUAAUUCACGGUGAGUUACUGUACUGUAUAUUCGCUUUCAAUGUUUACUUCCGUAUUGCUUUUAGCUUGAUUAAAGUUGGGGUUCCAAAAUAUUUAAAGUAUCACUUAAAGUUGAAGUUAGAAAUUGGCCAUUUAAACAAUUAUCAUGCUACAGUAAUUGCCAUUACCGUGCCAUGGUGCACGUGUAGGUUUUGUGUUGAUUAAGUGACAGACUCGGGUAGUCUGUGUACUGUCUAUUUUACACUCGACACCCAGGGGUGGGGAACAUUUCUUAUCGAUGUUUGCAUAUAACAAAUACCUUUUGCAGUGUCGCAUUAACGUGCACACUCGUGUCCCUGCAAGAUGCCCUUGCAGUUACAGAAGUAUGGAUGAAAGCGUGUACUAAAUCAGAAUCGGAAUAUAUGUACUGGAGGAAUCCGAUGAGCUAUAAAGCUCUUUUUCACGUCCAGUAGGGGUGGGUCAGAAUGUUACAUCAACGAACAAUACAAAAAUACUUGGAGUACAAAGUAUAAGAAAAGUAAGCAAAUCAAUAAAGAUAUAUACAAAUGAAA